UGGGAUUGCCUCCCACUCCUAUCGUUGGGGCUGCUCUUGGACAGAUGGGUGCGUUUGCUGGCUUGGACUGGGUCCAGUGAGGGCGAGCAGUUAUUUGAAACCCUCCUCUGCUUUGGUCUGCUGUAGAGUGGCAGCCGUCUGGCCAGAGGAAACACCUCGCACAGGAGAUUUCCCGUCGUCUUUGCUGUUCCUUGUUGCGGGCAUUCCUGAAAGUUAAUCAGGGUGAAAAUUGCAGUCAGUCAUGUCUGGAAGCCACCAGAGGCUAAUCCCGGAGUGCUGCAGAUUCGAGCACAUGGCGAUGAUGCCCUCACCUGGGCAGACCCUGACCACUGGAGGCCUGAGGACAUAGCUGCAGCUGCUGCCUGGGAUCCAGAGGUGUGGAGGCGGGGAAGAGCCUGGAACUCUGAGGUGGGCUGUGAACUCUAAGAUGUCCUUGAGCAGUGGAGUUUCCGGAGGGAAAGGAGUGGAUGCAAACCCUGUUGAGACGUACGACAGUGGGGAUGAGUGGGACAUUGGAGUAGGGAACCUCAUCAUUGACCUGGACGCUGACUUGGAGAAGGACCAGCAGAAAUUGGAAAUGUCGGGCUCCAAAGAGGUGGGGUUGCCGGCGCCCAACGCUGUGGCCACGCUGCCUGAUAACAUCAAGUUUGUGACUCCGGUGCCGGGCCCUCAGGGCAAGGAGGGCAAGUCCAAAUCCAAGAGGAGCAAAAGUGGCAAGGACAGUGGCAAGCCGGCCCCAGGAACCUCUCUGUUCACUCCAGGCGAGGGGGCCAGUGGCAAGAAGGAGGUUCAGGGACGCUCUGGGGAUGGCGCCAGUUCGGGCGGCCUGGUGGCUGCUGUCAUCCCGAAGAGCACUGAGAAGUCGGCCAAAGCAUCUCGCAGCGUGGCCAGCUCCAAAAAGGAGAAGGAGGGCAGCUCAUCCAAGAGCAAGAAGGAAAGGAGUGAGGGUGUGGGGGCUCCAUCAGAGAAGGAGCCCAGCGUGCUCCAGCCUCUUGCCCUGGCUGUGAGGGUGGGACAGUAUGAUGCGGGCCAAGGGCCAGAACCUGCUGCAGCUGAGCAGCUCGGGAAUAUAGCUAUUGACACGGGAGCUGCGCUCAAUCCUUUGGGAGUUAAAUCGGAGAUGGAGGAUGGGGAAAGUGAGUGCCGGCAGCCGAAAAAGGUCAAAGCAGAGAAGAUGGAGUCUCCAGUCUCCACGCCUGCAGUGUUGCCCUUGCAUCUCCUGGUCCCAGUUGUCAAUAAUGACAUCUCAUCGCCGUGCGAGCAGAUCAUGGUACGCACUCGCUCUGUGGGGGUGAACACCUGCGAUGUGGCAUUGGCUACCGAGCCAGAGUGUCUGGGUCCUUGUGAACCUGGCACCAGCGUCAACCUGGAGGGCAUCGUCUGGCAGGAGACGGAAGAUGGUAUGUUGGUGGUUAACGUGACCUGGAGGAACAAGACGUAUGUGGGUACGCUGCUGGAUUGCACACAGCACGACUGGGCGCCCCCCAGGUUCUGUGACUCUCCCACCAGUGACCUGGAAAUGCGGAACGGCCGGGGCAGAGGCAAGCGCAUGCGCCCCAACAGCAACACGCCGGUGAACGAGACGGCCGCUGCCUCGGAUAGCAAAGGGACCAGCAACAGCAGCAAGACACGGGCGGGGGCCAGCAGCAAAGGGCGCCGGGGGAGCCAGACCUCCUCAGAUCACCGCCCCCCGCCCAGUGGCGCUGCCGAGGACGUGAAAGCCAGCCCCUCCUCAGUGACCAAGCGGAAAAGCAAGCCCCUUUCCGACAUGGAGCUCAACUCCAGCUCGGAGGACUCCAAGGGCAGCAAGCGCAUCCGCACCAACUCGAUGGGCUCGGCGGCAGCGCCCCCGGCCGGGGUCAAGGUGGAGCCUGUAAGCCUGGACAGGAACUGCCCCUCCCCCAUCCUCAUCGACUGCCCUCACCCCAACUGUAACAAGAAGUACAAGCACAUUAACGGGCUGAAGUAUCACCAGGCCCACGCACACACGGACGAUGACAGCAAGCCGGAGGCGGACGGGGACAGUGAGUGCGGUGAGGAGCCGCCCCUUCACACCGAUGUCAGCAGCUGCAACGGCUCCCAAAAGGGCUCCCUCUCGCCGGCCCGAUCGGCCACACCCAAGGUGCGGCUGCUGGAGCCUCACAGCCCCUCCCCAUCUGGCAAGUUCAGCACCAAGGCCCCCUGCAAGAAGAAGCUAGGCGGGGAAGGCGACAUGGACCCCGGAGCCCUGUCCAACGACGGCUCCGAAGACGGCCCCUCGGUGGCGGAUGAGACGAGCAACGAUGGUUUUGACUCGCUAGAGAAGAGAUGCCUUGACAAGGAGAAGUGCAAGAAGCCAGCUGGUGCUAAGCCAGAUAAGCUCCCUUCCAAAAGCUUAAAGUCCGCCAGACCCAUUGCUCCUGCUAUUCCCCCACAGCAGAUCUACACCUUCCAGACGGCCACCUUCACCGCAGCCAGCCCCGGCUCUUCUGCCGCCUUGACCGCCACCGUCGUCCAGGCCAUGCCCAGCAGCCCCCAGCUCAAGCCCAUCCAGCCAAAGCCCACGGUUAUGGGGGAGCCCUUCACAGUCAACCCUGCCCUGACCCCUUCCAAGGACAAGAAGAAGAAGGACAAAAAGAAGAAGGAGUCCAAAGAGGUUGAAAACCCCCUGACUCCUGGGAAAGUCUGCCGAGCAGAGGAGGGCAAAAGUCCCUUCCGAGGGGAAUCGGGGGAGCUCGGGACCAAAGGGGAAGGCCUCCUGAAUGGUUCAUCUGACCCACACCAGAGCCGGCUCGCCAGCAUCAAGGCUGAGGCAGAUAAGAUCUACAGCUUCACGGACAACGCGCCAAGCCCAUCCAUCGGGGGGGCCAGCAGGCUGGAGAAUGCUGCUGCCACCCCAGCUCAGCCCAUGACCCCGCUGCACGUGGUUACCCAGAACGGGGCGGAGGCGAGCUCGGUGAAAACCAAUAGCCCGGCCUAUUCGGACAUCUCGGAUGCGGGGGAGGAUGGGGAGGGCAAGCUGGAGAGCAUGAAGGCCAAGGACCCAGAGCAGCUGGUCAAGGAAGGCGCAAAGAAAGCGCUUUUCCCUCCCCAGGCGCAGAGCAAGGACUCCCCCUACUACCAAGGCUUUGAAGCGUACUACUCCCCGGGCUACCCCCAGUCGAGCCCUGGGCCCAUGAAUCCCAGCAGCCAGGCUGCCGUGGAGAGCCAGCCCUUGAAGAUGAAGAAGGAUGAGGAACAAGAGAGCCCGGAGGUGAAGGUGAAGAGUGAAGGCUGUGAGGAGAAGAAGGUGGAGCUCAGCAGCUCCAGCCAGCAGCCCUCGGUCAUCCAGCAGCGCCCCAACAUGUACAUGCAGUCCCUCUACUAUAACCAGUACGCCUAUGUGCCCCCCUACGGCUACAGCGAGCAAGGCUACCAUGCCCACCUGCUGAGCACCAGCCCAGCCUACCGGCAGCAGUACGAGGAGCAGCAGAAGCAAAGGCAGAGCCUGGAGCAGCAGCAGCAGCCCCGUGGGCUGGAGAAGAAAGCAGAGCUGGGCCUGAAAGAGAGGGAGGUGGCUCUCAAGGAGGACUGGAAGCAGAAGCCGUCCGUCCCUCCCACGCUCACCAAAGCCCCUAGCCUCACGGACCUGGUGAAAUCGGGGCUGAGCAAGGCCAAAGAGCCGGGGGCUGCCGACAUGGCCAAGUCAGUGAUCAUCCCCAAGCUGGAGGACUCCUCCAAGCUCCCCAGCCAGGUGGCUGAGGGACUCAAGGUGAAGCUGGCCGAGGCCAGCCACCUGGGGAAGGAGGCGGCGGAGUCCAAAGCGGGCACAGAGUGCGGCAGGCAGGCAGAGGUGGACCCCGUCCUCUGGUACAGACAGGAAGCAGAGCCCAGGAUGUGGACCUACGUUUAUCCCGCCAAGUACUCGGAGCUCAAGAGCGAGGACGAGAGGUGGAAAGAGGAGAGGGAUAGGAAGUUGAAGGAAGAAAGGAGCCGAAGCAAAGAGGCCGGUCCUAAGGAGGAUGGGAAGGAGAGCACAAGCUCCGAAUGCAAACUGACAUCCCCUGAGGAGUCCCGCAUGGUGGCAAAAGACCCCAGACCCAGCGUCCACGUACCCGUGUCUUCGCCCCUCACCCAGCAUCAGUCCUACAUCCCCUACAUGCACGGCUACUCCUACAGCCAGUCGUACGACCCCAACCACCCCAGCUACCGGGGCAUGCCCACUGUCAUGAUGCAGAACUACCCAGGAUCCUACCUGCCCUCCAGCUAUUCCUUCUCCCCAUAUGGCAGCAAGGCCUCCGGGAGCGAGGAUGGUGACAAGGCACGAGCCAGCCCCAGCGUGAGCUGCAAACCCAGCUCGGAGUCCAAGGCCCUGGACAUCCUGCAGCAGCAUGCCAGCCACUACAAGAGCAAGUCUCCCACGAUCAGCGAGAAGGCGUCUCAAGAGAGGGAGCGUGGUGGCUGUGGGGUGGUAGGAGGGGGCGGAGGCUGCAGCAGCGUUGUGGGAGCAGCAGGAGGAGAGAGGAGCGUAGAUCGGCCCCGGACCUCCCCUUCCCAACGCCUGAUGUCAACACACCACCACCACCACCACCUGGGGUACUCCCUGCUGCCAGCCCAGUACAACCUGCCCUAUGCAACAGGUCUCUCUUCGACAGCCAUCGUGGCCAGCCAGCAGGGCUCUGCUCCCUCCUUGUACCCGCCUCCCAGGAGGUGAGAAUGGAUGCGCUGUGAUUGGAUGACGGAGUCUGUACCAAGUCAUGUGACUGGCUCACAUGAGGAAGCGCUGGAAAUUCCAUUAGACAUCAGUUGAAUGGUGUUAAUUGUUCUGUUUGACGUUCCUGCCCUAAUCUGAGGCAGACUUUCCUCUUCCCGAUGGGACACACGGAGUCCCCACCCACUCCAUGCCCCUUUCCUUGUGAGCCGGGGAGCUGGAACCUACAGGAAUAUUUAUUCUUCUGCUCACAGUCCCUGGAAAGGGAAGCAACCUGCCUGCCUGGUGCAUAUGAAGAGGCAAUGGAAGCAGAGAGGGUUUCUGGUGGAUUUGAUUCAGUGUCCCUCUGGAGGUCACUGCUUCGCCAGGGUCUGAGCAGCACAGCAGCGCAGGACACGGGGUAGGGAGGGAGCGCCAGUCGGGCCUGCUCAGCACGCAGCCCUCCCGCCAGCUGCACUUGGCUCCGUGGGAGCGCAGCCCAGAUCGCUACAGUCGAGUUGCCUGGCCACAGAGUCGCAGUCCCAGGGAAGAAAGUUUAGGGCUCUUUUCAUUUGUAGUAGUGCUGAUAGGAUACCAGCGAGGAGUGUGGUGGGGUGUGUCUCGUGAGCGAGCCUGCAUCCGCCCACGGACGUGUCAGUGCGGUGUGGGGGUGGGCUCAGUGCACAGUGUGGGGACAAGUGGGCUCGUGCGUCUGCAGUGGGGAGGAGAGCACGUGUCAGUGGAGCGGGGGGUGAGCGUGCGUCAGUGCAGCAGGUGGCGCAUUCACACUCCGGCCGUGUACUUGGCCGGUACCCCGAGUGCCAUGCCCUGUGUUGGGCAGGUUUGUCUGUGUCCAGGCAGCGCAGAGAGGUGCUGGGCGCCCAGACUAGUCCAGCUGGGGGGGUGAACAGGCGUCACCAGCCAGGGUGACAGUUGCUGUUCUGGCCCCUCCAGGUGCUCUGCUGCCAGGGAUUCUCCCCUCAGUCUCCCAGUGCCCCUGCCAGCCUUGUCUCUUCUGCCUCCUCCUUGCUGCCUCCUUUCCACUCAUCUUCCUCAGACCCGCUGCAGCUGCUGGCAGGGGGCACGGGUUGCUGUGGCACAGACUAACCCUGAUUUGGCACAAACAAGGCCAUUGGGUGGGCUCUUCCUCUCUGAGUUUUGUGAGCAUUCUGCCCCCUGCUCUGCCUGCAGGGUUGAUUGGCUGGGUGGCCGUUCCUCCCUGCACAGGCCUAGCGCCCCAUAUGUUUGCGUAGGCGGCAGUGUGUGUGUGUGCGAGCGCUAGGGUGGGGGUGUGCCGGGCCUGCUCUCGGCUCCGCACGUGGGGGUGGGGGGACCGGAGGCUCCUCCGACGCUGGAUGAAGUCGAGUCUCCUUCAGAGGUUGGCCAGUAUGUGCAGGUGGGGGACGGGUCUGCUCCGGGCUAGGGAAGCAGCCGGUGGCAGCACCAGCAUCUCUGCCUGGCUGCUGCAGGGGCCUCUGCCUUGGGCAUGCCAAACUCCAGUUCGUUUGGCAGGUUUUGAAUUUCGGAUUCCCGAGCUGUGAGGGGCAUGGGUGGUGAGAGCACAGAGCAGUGGGUCCGACACGGCUGGGCCCAUCCCCCUGCCCCUGGUGUAUGUGCUGUGAACCUCUCCCGCCCAUGGACGUAGAUGCCCAGGUAGUGGAUGUAGCACUCUUACCGCUUUGCCAGGCUCCAUUAGCCCAACUGGUCCUUGCCCUCCCCACUCAGCUGGCCUUGUUGAUGUGCUGUAAGGACCGUGCUCCCUGGCCUACGGGCAGCAUGGGGGUGCUACUUCGAGGGGCUGAUCUCCAGGAGUUAGCAGUCACUCGAAGCUGAUCCCAGCCGGCCUGUUCCACCCCGUGCUCGUUGCUUUCACUCUGAGUCUUGGGAGGUCCCCAGUGGAGCAGGGGCUGGCUCGCUCCCCACUGUAGGCUCACCUCCAGCCUGUGCAGUGUCUGGUGAGCUGUGCUGUCCCUGACCGUGGGAGCUGUGUGCAUGGUGCCUGUGUCGCCGUUGUCCCGGGCUGCGCGCCGCCCGCGGGCGCUGUACAUACUGUAAAAAGGAAUUGUUUGAAAGCUGUUGUUUUGGUUUUUGUUUCUUUCCCUGUGGGAGGAGCCCAGCCCCCCACCCCCCGGGUGCAAUCAAAGAGGAGCCGCUGUUCAAUGUGUCAGCCCUGGUGUCCAAUGAAGGCAGUGUGUCCACGCAGCCCCGUCCCCUCUGGCAGCUGCCCUUCAUUGGACUGAUUCUUUUAACCUUUUCAUUUUGUCUGUCAAAGGAACCCGGGCGCUUGCUCCGCUUACGGCCAGGCUCUGUCUGCUGGAUGGGAGGUGCCAGCCCAUCCUCCCCCAUCUCCCGCAGGGCUCAGCCAAAGGGCCGAGGGUGGGGUGGUCUUUCCCCAGGUUCUCGGGAGCGGGAGACUGGGAAAUGCUACGCUGCCCCCCGGCACCUCCAGGACACCCGCAGCUUGGCCGCAGCCAGAGCAGAGAAUCCACCUGCCACCGCCCAGAGCAGCUGCCCUCUGGUCACUUGUCUGGUGUAAUGGCCUGGGGCCCAGGCGGGUUUCCUAUGGCCUGUCAGGGUAGGGAGGGUCGGAUUGGCUGUGAGGGUGGGAACUGCCUGGCUGGGGUGGUUGGGAGGCAGAGCCCCAUCCCUGGGGGAGUCCUGGGCCUAGCCUUUUGCUCUGCGUGUGGCCAGGCAAGCUUCUCCCAAGCUGCUGGCAUGAAGUGACCCUGCAGAGCCACCGGGGGCCCAUAGAGCCCAAUUCCCAGCAGGGGGGCGGGGACCCAUUUGUGUGUGUGUUGGUACCAACGAGGGGGUUGGAUGGUCCGGGUCAGGUGGCUUCGGGUUCCUUAUGGUGGGGCUGGGGGUUGGUCUGUUCCUGGUACCUUGGGGUGGUGUCACCAGCCUGCUCCCCAGCCGCCCCCCACCAGGCACCUUGGCUCUGACAGCUGGGAGACCGUCGGGCAGCCUUGCCGGGCCUGAGAUACUCCUGGGGCUGGGCAGCGCCAGCUCCUGGCCUAGCCGCUCGGGGGGUGGGGGGACGAGGGGCUGGCAGAGAGGGUUCUGGCAUGGUUGAAAACGGAAGGGUUUGGGCUUUUGGGAUGAUUCAGCACCCUGUUCCCAGCUGCUGCCAACAAUCGCGGGCAAAGGGUUUCCCAGACCCCCUUUCGGAAGUGCCACCUGCCCUUAGGUGUUAAUUAAAGCCACGGUGUAGUAACCCAUAGUUUUGAGGUUUGACAUUUUCAAUGUUCCUAGUGGGCUCCUGCUGCAGCAGCAGCGCCCCCUGCUGGGGAGUGGGGUGGUCAGCUGGGUAGGACGCUGCAGUCCUGUCCCUUGUAGCAGUGUCUGUUCAGUGAGUUACUCCCCCCAUGCCCUGGAGCACUGUGAUCAGGGGUCCCAGCAGGGCGGUGAAGCGUUGAUGUUCUAGCUCUUGUUUCGGUUGGAGUUGCUGUGUUGGGUUUAAUUUCAGUCUUCCUGAUUCUGCCCUUCUGUAAAGUGUACAUUAUUACCAAGCUCCUUGUUUUUUAUAUAUAUAUAUAAAUAUAUAUAUACACAACCUGCUCUCCCUGCCCGGGGCCAGUCAGGCAAGGAGAGAGAAUAAAUCUUUUUAAGAGACAAUCACAAA